UGUUGUGUUCACCAACGUUUAUCCACCACCCUUUUUUUUUCUUUUUCUGUCUGAUGGGUGUGUCUGCAAUAAAACAAGUCACAUGACCAACAGGAAGACAAACGGCCCGAAAGUUCGAUUUCUUCCGCAAACUUAAAGUUUCUGCUGAGUUUUAAGAAGAGAAACAGAGCAGACCUCAGUCCAACAGUGCUUCACCAAACCUAAAUAUUCAGUAAGCUACAUCAGCAAAGAUGGCAACCCAGCUACAGAAGCUCGUGGCAGAAAAGGAGGACAUGGUGGAGACGGUGAUGGAGGUUUUUGAACAAGGGGCUGAAGUGGUGGCCAGUAUCACCGGUGAUUUCUUCCCCAUAUUCUCCAUCGCGGCUCCGCUCGUGAAGCUAGCAUUGGACAAUGUGGAAAGCAAAGAAGCUGUGUUCAUGAAGGAGCAAUUCCAGAAGGUCCGCGAACGUCUGGAAGUUGUCUCAGAGGAGCUUAAGUGCAUCAAUGAUGAGAUCAAGAAAAGCGGAGUGGAUGCUGCAUAUUUCUCAGUGGAAGAGAACAUCACUAACCAGUUUAGGAAGUACAUGGACAUCCUCAAUGCCAAACCCCAGUUCCGUGAGGUCAAGAAGAAGCUUUUCCUGGAUCAUUUUGACAAAACCGGCGGUGACAAAAACCUUCACAUUCUCUACAAUGCUGUGACGGGAGAUAACUUCGCAGGGGAAUCUGUGCUUGAGAUCACGCUGAACUAUGAAGAGAAAAGUCGGCGAGCAGUAGAGGACUUCUGUGCAAGAAUGAAGAACCUCUUCUGCAUUGGUCUCAUCGCGCUGGUGGGCCAUGCGGCUCUGAAGGGAUAUGAUGAUGAGGAGGAAAUUCUUAAGGACUGGGGUGAGAAGAUGAAGGUUGUCCAGAGUAAAAUGGAUGCUGUUAUCGAAGACUGCAUCCAAAGCUUCGCCAAACAGGCUGAGGUGGACUGCCACCGACUGCUGAGAGACCACUCUGAUUUAAGCAACCAAGAACUAGCUGAUGCCAUCAUUGAGAAGCUAAAGUCAAAGUACAACUGGGUGAGGUGGUCCGUGCGCGUAUUCAGAUCCCCUUCUGGCCUGUUUGCAAGCAAAAAGGAUGUCCACUGUGCAACCGGGAAGAGUCGCUUCCAUCUGCUUUCAUCGGAUGAGAAACGGAAUGUUGUGGUGUCCUACAGCUGCUUGCCUGAGCCUGUAGACAAAGAUCACAUUCAGCAGUUGAUCCAGAGUCAGAAGAAACUGACUGUGGUGGCUGUAGCAGAGGCGCUCUUUGAGCAGCUGCCUGGUGACUGCGUGGUCCACACCGUCAAAAUCAGCAAAGACCUGGGUUCCUCCAGGACCUUCACAGAAGAGCUUCUUUACUGGGAAGAGCACAAGAACUUCUACGUCUGCGUUCACUCUGCUUGAUCUUUUAGCUGCACUAUAAAAGUAGUUACAGAAUUCCAACUUUAUAUGCUACUUUAGGAUAAUCACGGACUUCACCUCUAUUCCUCUUUGGAAAUUACUCACGAUAUGUGCCUUAAAGUUGUACACAUCCUGUCCACUUUUUUCCUCAAAGAAUCCUUGCUGAUACUUUCUUAUGAGGUUUAUCCACACUGUCCAAUUUGAAAAUUGUACUUCAAGAAAAAAAAGUGAUGCGUAGAAGCUAUAUGUUCCAGCAAGGUGAGAAUGUGGUGAUGACAUCACCAUGUUUGACACAAUAACAUCGUCAGCAUAGACUUUGUGGAGGCUGUGAGGAAAGUCCCAGUCAUUAGUUUAUCUUUAAAUUCUUGUAUUUAUUUCUCUAAAUCAGUGUUUUGCUUAACUGGCUUUUUAAAAUUACUAAACAUUUUCAGCAUCUGUGUGAAAGACAUUCCUGUAAUCUCAAGGUUAUCUUGGGGAAAGAAUUUAAAAUGGUAUUAGACAAAUGAAAUGUAAAUGUAACUGAAAUGUAUAAAUCUGCUGACAUACAGUUUGUGUGCCGAGGCUCACUUGUUUACCUGCGGCUGCCAUGCAAAUAUCUUUUGUUGUUGUUUUGUGAGAUACUUGGCUGCAUUAAAGCGCCAAUCUUAUAUUUGCUCAAAGCCACAACUUUAUUUAGUUUGUAUGAGGGUAUAUAAAAACAAUGCAUAUGCCCUUUCAAUUUGUAUUUUGAGCAUUGCAUAUAUUGGUUUUAGUGUUUGUAAUCUUAUUUUUGAGACUGCGAUCAAAAUUAGUAUAUCCUGACUUUAACUUGCUACAGGUUGUGGGUGCGACACUACAUUUAAAUUGCAAAUACAUUACUUAAACACAGCAGUAAUAUUCAGUAUUGCCUUACACCACUGACUUGUUCUUACUCUGUUUCUAAUUUUUAGGUUACCAGCCAUGUCGCGGCGCAGCGUUCUUUGUAGUCAUUGCGGCGGCCUUAUAUUGUGAUAUCUCAAAAACUGUAUGAGAACUUUUUUCUAAUUUGGCAAGGGCAUAAUAUGGGUCUUUGACAUCGUUCUCGUCUAAAAAUCAUAUUUGUAGAUUCGUUUGUUUGGAAAUGGCCAUUUUUAUGCUGAAAAUAGCCAUUUUGAGCACUUAAAGACAGUUUUCGUAAAAACUGUAACUUUUUUCUAAUUUGUCAAGGGAGUAAGUAAUAUGGGUCAUUGGCAUAUUUCACUUCAAAAACUAUAGUCAUGGAUUUGUUCGUUUGGAAAUGGCAGCCAUUUUAUGCUGAAAACAGCCUAUUUGGGUAUUUGGAUCCAAUUACUCAAAAACUGUCUAACCUUUCUUUCAAUUCAGCAAGGGCACAAUAUUGGUAAUUGACAUUCUUCCCGUCCCAAAAUUAUUUGCUUAGAUUUGUUCGUUUGGAAAUGGUGUACAUUUUUAUGCCAAAAAUCACCAAUUUGGGUAUUUGGACCCAAUUUUCUCAAAAACUGUCUAACGUUUCUUUAAAUUUCACAAGGACACAAUAAUGGUCAUUGGCAUUGUUCCCAUCCCAAAAUUACAUUAUGUAACACAAUUUUUGUUCCUGGCUUCUAAGUGUUAUAUUUCAACUGCUUAUGUCUAAAGUCUAUGGAAAAAUGACAGAAGCAAAGUUUCUGUGGAAUAACAGCUAUUUUCUAUUUAUUUAAGGCAUAACAAGUUAGGAAAACUCACUGUGUACCCAAGAACAAAACAAAAAUAAAAAUUUGUUACAUAGUGUUAUUUGUGUAGAUUCAUUCGAUAAAUUUGUUUUUAUGCCAAAAAUGGCCAUUUACCUUGGGGUUUAAUUGAGCCGGUAAUCCACAUGGCCUUUGGCACUCUGUUUUUUAGCAAUUAUAUUUUUAUGUUAUUGUCAAGGUUCGACUUGGUUAGCAGGUGUCUGGACAAAAAAAGGAAGAUUUUUUUUAAGGUUGCAGACAAAAUUACACCACCAAGGCUGAAGUGACACAUCACAAAAAGGAAAGCAGUUCACGAAUCUCUGAGAAAUGUCAUGUUUCUGUGUCUGUUGCUUUAACUGAAAAGGAGCUGCUGGUCCUCAUCCCUGUCCUAUCAGAGAGAGGAUCAUCUAUCACUUUAUCAGUGUGGGCUUGACACAGUCAAGUCCAUCGAGUAUUUUGCAAUCACAUCAUUAGCUUAUCCCGGUCCUACCGCAUGUGACCAAGCUAGCAUAGUGGGCCUAACCCCAUAGUUUUGUAAUCAUUUUUCAAAUCUUAUUUAUACUUAAAAACAUUACCUAUUCAUAAGCCAAAAGUUGCUCUUUAUUUUAAAUUUACCAACCACUUGGGGAGGGAGAAGAAGAAGGCUGUGUUCAUUGUCCACAUUCAAAAUGAGAUAGCCUAACUGUGCUACUAUCACCUAUGCAAUCAAUGAAUACAACUAUUGAAAGAUGCGGCCUCUGAACUGAUACACAGCCACAGACAGAAUUGUGUGAUUUUGAUGAUGUUUUAACAUGAAUGUUCAACCAUAUUUAAUUGUUCAAUGAAAAUGAGCCACCCCCCCCCCCCCCUCCAGAUAUUUAAUGAUUGUGUUUUAUGUGUAUUUGUGUAUUUCUUUCAUUUGCUCUUUUUUUUCAAGCCGCUUGCCUUUAUUACAGUGACAUGAACACAAAUACAGUAGAUUUAUUUGCCUCUUCAGCUUCCUUUUGUGUGAUGGUACACCAAAGUUAUGAAUGUAAUAAAUCUUUCAAAUAAACUACUAUAUACUUUUAUU